AUGCCUCCCUGGGAUCCGAUUUUUGGACAUUUGCGAAUCAUGCCCGGUCUCGCUAAAAAGUGUCCUAGUGAUGCGCUGCAGUCCCAAACUUUCGCUGUUCUCUCCAUGGAGUAUCCCGGUCUGCAAAAUGGCUUCUAUAUCGAUGUCUGGCCAUUCAUGUGUCCAAUGUUCGUCUGCACGACUCCCCCGCUUGCUGUGCAGGCCUGUCAGACAUACAGUUUGGCCAAGCCAACCGAGCUACUGGCCCCAUUUAUCAACCCAAUGGCGGGUGGAGAUAAUUUUUUCACGACCAAUGGGGCAGCGUGGAAGCGUGAUCGCGACCUGUUCAACCACGCUUUUAGCAUGGCGGCUGUGCUGGGGCACGUGGAUUACAUUCUAGAGGAAGCAGAGAUUUAUGUUGAGAUACUUCGAGAGCAUGCCAAGAAGGGCGAUACAUUCUCGAUGGACGAUCUUGCGUGUAACUAUAUGAUGGAUGUGGUCGGCAACGUCGCAUUACUGACAGGAACACUCGCUUCAACUACCAAACCGGCCACAACCCCAUCGCCGCCGCAAUGCGCAGCACCAUUGAUCUUGAAUGCGGUCGGGAAGGAGAGAACAACCCCUUGCGACGCUGGAACAUCCACCGGCUGUACCGUCAGUGGCGGAACAGCCAGAUCAUGGAUCACCACAUCGGCCUGGAGCUCGAAAAGCGUUACCGGGAAUAUUUACAACAAAACCAAUCCACCAAGCCCCGGGGUAAAUCGAUCAUGGACAUCGUGAUUGCCGAAUACAUGAAGCACCGACCCGCAAGCCAAACUCACACCGCGACCCUAGACCCCGAAUUCAAGGCCUGGGCCAUCAUCCAAAUCCGGCUAUUCCUCUUCGUCGGACACGACUCAACUGCCGUGACUAUCAUCUACUGCCUCUACCUCCUGUCAAAAUAUCCGGACGCCCUCGUCAAGAUCCGCGCAGAACACGAACAGAUCUUCGGUCCUAAGACCACUUCCGUCGCAACACAAAUAAAAGAACACCCAGAGAAGACUAACCAAAUGCCUUACACCACCGCCGUCAUCAAAGAAGCACUCCGUCUCUUUCCCCCAGCUAAUGGCCUUCGAUUCGGCCGCCCGGGCGUUUCCCUUACCGACACCCACAGCUCCGACGGACGGACCUUCCCUGUGGAUGACUGCGCCGUCUGGAUCGUGCAUACCGCUAUCCAACGGAACCCAGGGUACUGGCCCCAUGCGCACAAGUUCGUCCCCGAUCGCUGGCUCGUUGAGCCAGGGCAUGAGCUCUAUCCGCCUACUGGUGGAUGGCGGCCCUUUGAGCGCGGCGCGCGAGAUUGUGUGGGGCAGAACAUGGCUCUCCUGGCUAUUAAAAUCUCACUCGCUAUGGUGGUGCGGGAGUUUGACUUUGAUAGUCAGUAUGAGGAGUGGGAUCGCAUGAAUCCGGCGUCUGGUGCGGUGCGGACUAUGUUUGGGGAGAGGGUGUAUAUGGUGGCCAAGGGCGCGGCGCAUCCGGCUCAGGGUUAUCCUUGUAAGGUCAGGUUGGCUGCGUGA